AUGCUAGAAUCAAAGGAUUCUUCACUUCGUAAUCUUAUUGAUAUUUACAAAAACUCCAAUAAUGCUGUGGAAUUUAUAAGCAAUUUUGAACAAUAUCUUAGUUUGUGCUUGCCGUCCUAUGCUUGGAUUGGAUUGAUGUUUUUAUUAGUCAUAUGGGGCCUUAUACAUAUAAUAGUUGGUACUAUUAACAUACCAUUUUGUCCAUCACGUCCAAUGAUUCCAUUAUUUUUAAUCGUCAUGGGUUGUUUGUACAUUUUCUGGGGUUUGCUACGAAUCUAUGCCUUCUGUCCACGUUCACGUGCAGAUACGUUAGGCAUUGAUUUAUCAUGUAAAGCACUCGAAAUUUUAAUGAUUGUAACGAUACUUGUUUGGCUUUUCCUGGAUUACCAUUCGCAAAUUGAGCCCAUGCCCGCUGGUAUAUUUGGUAGUGCGGUUGUUCUUGGUGGGUUGUAUUGCAGGGCAAUGUUUCCCACUGGUAAUCCACCUUUUACGACACCUAAUGCUCAACAAAACGCCAAUAAUAUGAAUUUGGCAGCGGCAGCACUUUAUUUACAUCCAUCGUUGGGCAUAACAAAUCAAGCGUAUACCCAAUUUUAUCAACAGGCUCAAGGUCAAGCGCAAUUAACUCAGCAACAACAACAACAGCAACAGCAACAGCAACAACAGUUACAGCGCCAGUUUGAGCAACUAGUGGUGGCACAAGCGGCGCAGAAUGCCCAUGUUCAUUUACAAGCAAUUCAGCAACAGCAGCAGCAACAAGCAUUUCAAAAUCAGCAGACUCAAGCACAGAAUCAGCAAAAAAUGCAAGCUGCGCAACAGCAUGCACAAUUACAACAAAGUCAAGCACAAGCUGUCCAAAUACAACGCUUGAAUGCAUUAAGGCAAAGCAAUCAGCAUGUGUCACAUUCUCAUUCGAUCCGAGGAUCUACACCUGAUGUUGUGAAGUCACGUCAGGAGAUUCAGGCUGAAGCGGAUGCUCGCCGACGGCGUUCAUUAAUUGCAGAUUUUAUGGUUGCAUCAAAUUCGGCCACAUUUUUAGAUGAAAGAAGACGUUCGGAUUCUAUCAGUGGUGGUUUAUUUGGUGAAAUGAAGAGAUCAGAAACAAUGGGCAGUGAAUUCAGCUUGAUCGCUGAUGAAACAACAGAACGCAAGAAGAAUUCAAUAACCGACCAUUUGGAAGCAGUUGAAAAAGAGAAAAAGCUUGUUGAUAGUCAGAUUACUAUUAUACAACGGAAAAAGGAACAGUACGAAAGUGAAUUGGCUAAGAUAUCGAGCGAUAGCGCAGAUAAUGAUAAAGAAAAUGAUGACACUGCUGAAGAUAUCGAUUCAAUGAGUCUAGUUGAAAGAAUUUAUGCUGAAAAUCGAAAGAAGGCACAUCGGGCUGGAGCUCAAAUGCCUUCUGUUCUGGCGCCUUCAACUGCAACAAUUCCGCAAUAUCGGAAUCCAUGGGACAGCGCCCUAGUACAACAGACGAUUGAGCGAUACAAAACGGUGAAGCCUUAUCUAGUGAAAAUGCUAACAGAGCAUCGGCAAAACGAUUUGCUGGCGCAAAAAUAUCAAACUGAAAAAUACAAUGUGAUGUAUGCAGAAUGGUUGAAGAAAGAUGAAAGAUACUGCAAAAGUCAGAAGAAAGUUGCUCGUGAUGAAAAGCAUCGUGAAAUAUUUGAAAAAACGUUUCCGGAAUUGAAAAAAACGCGAGAGGAACGAGAGCGAUGUGGAAGAAUUGGACUUUUGUCCAUAGAGCAAUUGGAACAGGAUGAAGAGUAUAAAAGACGACGUGCAGCUGCUGCAUUACCACCGAUGAUGAUGAAUGCAAGAAUGCGCAAUGCGCCAUUUUAUGUAGAUUUGAAUGGAGUUGUCGUAGAUGCGCUGGCGGAUCAUAAUGCUCAUAUUGAAUAUUUCUUGGAAAAGUGGACAGAUGAUGAGAAACAAGUAGGACAGGAGCAAAUUAUUACAUAUGGCAAAAAUUUUGCGGCUAUAGCUGAAUUUCUUGAUCGAAAAAGUGUAAAAGAUUGUGUUCUAUAUUAUUACUUGACCAAAAAGCGUCAAAACUACAAAGCAUUGAUGGGAAAGAAGCGGAAAAAGCCACCAAGAUGUUACAAACCACCAGUAAUGCCACGACUUGAAGAAGUAGCAUUAAAGGCACCGCAGGAUGCUAAUGAUGUGACCAUUGUUGGUUCGCGAGAACUUGAGUGUUGUAUUUGUAAAGCGAAAGUGAUUAGUGGUUCAAAUACUGGUCGAGUACUUACUCGUUUAACAUUGGAUGCAUCCGGUUAUGAUGCCAGCUCAGCGAACGAAAUCGAUAUUUGUGUAUGCCAAAAGUGUAAGGCAAAAGGAAUUAAACCAAAAACUGUAACACGUUGCCAAAUUGGUACGUGCCACAAUCCGCGUCGAAAAGUGAAGCCAACGCGACCAAUGCCAGUGAAAUGGAAAUUAAUAACGGAUGAACAGAAACAGUUUUUAAUGCAUCAGAUGUUGAUACCAGAAGAUAUUUUAAAAUGUUGCCCCGCGUGUCAUAAGAAGAUCUCCAAACAGUUGGAUAUGCUUAUCGCUGGUGAAUUAGAAAAAGAAAUGGCUUUAUGGCGGAAAUCUUCUUCUGUUAUUUGGAGUACUGAAGAAGUGGAAGCAUUAUGUGCCGCAGUCACCUCAAUGAGUGGAAAAGAUUGGGAUGCUGUGGCUGAAAAAAUGGGCAAUAAGCAUAGUGCCAAGCAAUGCCGAGAGCAGUAUGAAAAGAUUUGUGUUAUGGAAAGCGUUAAAAAAGAAGUAGAAAGCGAAGAUGAUGUUAGUGAAGACGAGAGAGAAAAUCCACAACCACAGCAAGAUGCUGUUGAGGUUAAAAAUGAUAUUGCAGAAACUGAACCGGAUCCGAGCGGUGAAAGCAGUGCAACGUUAAGUGCUGAUGAAGCACCCAGUCAGGACGAUUGCAUCAUUUUAUUACCUCCAGUUGCAAAAUCACCAUCAACACAUUUAUAUAAACCAAGAUUUCGUGGUACUUCCGGACUGGGUUCAGAAACCCCGAUUUUAUCUGUUAGUAGUUCCCAUUUGCACCUGUCACAAGUCAAGAACGAAUCAGAGAUUAUGUCAUCUCCGUUAACGUAUCAUAAAUCUGACGCAAGUGCCUCCUCGUCGUCCGAUCUUUCGAACAUAGAUGAUAUAGCAAAAACGACAUCUCUACCAUUACAAUCAUCUAUUGUUGGAAGUGCACUUCUUGCAACACUUACUUCCUCCACUCCAGAUUCGAUGCCUGCACGAUCUUCUGCUCAGAUGGAAAUCGAUAAAUUAUCUCAGUGUUCAGUUCCAAUAACCAGAUCGCCAACUUCAGCAGUUACCCAAUCAGUUUCAUCUGCACUUGGAAAUAUUGUCAGAGGUUCAAUCACGCAAGGAACGCCAGUGAUGAGGCCACCAACAUCACCUACUGCCAAUAAUGAUUUAUUACUGGAAAAAGUGAAACAAAUGCAAAUGCUUUCUGCUGGAACAGUCGCUACGGGAGCACCUUUAGCAGCAGCGGUAGCAGCAGUCAGUAAUAUUGCAACAAGUUCCACGCCACCAGUACCAACACCGACACUACAACCCAUUGCAAACGCGGCUGCUGCACUUCCUUUUUUACAGAAUCCUUUGGCAGCAGCAGCUGCUGCUGCAUUCCCUACUGCUGCUGCUGAUCCAAAUAUAUCAUCGUUAGCUGCUUUCUAUAAUCAACUAGCUGCAAUGGAUCCUACUGUGCAAUAUGCUAUGACAAUGAAAAUAAUGCAGCAGGCUGCGCAACACCAUGAGUAUGAACGUCGAUUGGCUGUACUACGAGCAAGCAGUGUAGUUGACCAAUAUCGACAACAGGCUUUAGCUUUGGGUCUUUCUGAGCAACAGCAACAACAGAUGCAGAACAAUCAGCAACAGCAACAAAUGAAUGCAUUAGCAAAUGAUCAAGCAAAACUUUUGUUAUGGCAACAACUGAUGCAGCAAUCAGCUAAUAUGAAGCCGUUGCAACAACAACAACAGCAACAAACAGUACCCCAAACAAUUAAUUUGCAACGUACUGCAGCGGCAAAUACAUUGUUAACUGCAGCUGCAGCAUCUACAAAUGUACGUCCAGCGCAUUUAAGCAUUAAUUCAAAUGCUGAGCAGCAGCAGCAACCAAAACAACUUAUUCCAUCAGCAACAGCAUCGGCAACAGUACCUACAAAUAUGCUAAUUAAAGUAGCAACAGGUAGCACAGAGCCACAACGUACAUCCGUGCAGCCACUUUCCUCAACAGCUUCUCAAAUCUACAACGAUUUUCGUAAUGCUGAACAGAUGCGUAAAGAACUCGAUGAAAAUGUGCGACAAGCAGAGGCACAACAAAAACUUCAAGAAGAAAUCCACUAUCUAGAACAGCAGCGAAGACGCGUCGUAGAAGAGGAAGCUCGUAUUAGUGAUGAAUUAAGUCGAUUGUCACAAAUUGAGUAUCCACGUGCUAUACGAUCGCAAGAUGGUGAAGCUGCACGUAUUCAUCUGCAAACUAUAGAACGUCUUAAGGAACGACGUACAGCAAUGCAGCAUUAUUUGCGAGCUUAUGACGAGGGAUUAAAGUCACUCAGUGGAAGAAAUGCGUUAACUCUUUCAAGCUCUUCUGGGGUAAUAGUGAGAGGUAUGGGUGAUGAACGUACCACUGGGGGUCCUGUUAGCAAAGGUGCCAUGAAGGAGUUUCCUCCAUCGGUAGCUAGAAUUGGAGUUACGCCAUCUUCAACACAAACUGUGUCUGGUCAGAGUCUGAUUGGCAUAAAACGAACAUUGAACGAUUCUGCGCUUGCAACAGCAGUUGAAGGACGACUUGCUGGACAUAACACGUCAAACGACUCAUCUAUGUCUGAAGGGUGUACUACGAAUAGACGUUCACGUGUUGACCCUGUCAUACAUCGCAAAGGACUGGACAGCACAAUGUUUGAUUCAGGUCAAACAUCACUUCUUUUGCGUACACAUUGCCAUAAUAUGCUUUUGGAUGACGAAUUUAAUCGCGCUGAACAUAGAAAUAUGCAGAGCAGCUGUGAAAUUAAGCGGAAAUCAGGUAUUCAUACUGUUUAUUUACCAUCUUUGCCAGAUGUUCAUCAUGCUCCAAGUGUAAAAACGCCUGUCGCAAGUCAAAAGCGUGUCGGGUCACCGACUGCUACUGCAGCUACGCAUUUUGAUUGCAUCACACCUAAUAAUUCCGCACCUACAUCUCCAUAUUCGCAAUCACUUAUAGCUCAAACAGCAGCAGCAACAUCCGUAUCUCGAACAUCUCCAGCUCAACAACAACAGCAUUUUUCCCAUUUUGUACCCACUUUGCAGCAACAUCAAGCCAGAUUUUCAUCGUCACAACCAACGUCUUCUCCAAGUACUGCAGCCGCUUCUCCACAUGGACUUUCAGCGACUACCAUCCUUGGACGUCCAGCUGUAAGCCCCGCAACUAGUUAUACUUCUGGGGUACGUACUCCGGUUUCCGCACUCGUUUCACCGCGGACACCUCUUUCUAUCAAUCCAAAUCUGUCAAGUUCACAUUCCACACAUGUUUCACCACAUAAUUCAUCAAGUUUACGCGUUCCAACACCUACUACGUCUCCAUUUCAGAUGUUGGCAUUAGGAACCAUAUCGCCAAAUAUAUCAUCUCAAGGUAUCUCCAGUUCGCCGACAUUCCAAACAUCGGCAGUUGUUCCUGGAAACACUUUAAGUGCAUCGCUUCAUUCAUUGCAUGUAACAAGUGUGGCAGAUAAUAAUGAUGGUGGUGCAGGAAUGAAUACAGCUGAAAACGAAGAAAAAGAAACGCUUAUUGAAAAUCAGCAACGUUCGGAAUCUGUUGCUGUUGCCAGUUAUGAACCGCUGUCACCUGAUACCUCCGAUGUUGCUCCUGCAUCCCAGACAGGUUAUCAACUUUCUCUAAUUCGAUCUAAUUUGAAUUUACGAAUCAAAAUUCUUUCAUAUUCAAACUCAAAUUUCUAG